AUGGCAUUCCCAGAGAGGUAUGCCGGGUUCCCUUUUGAAGAACCUCAACACAUUCAAAUGGUCAACACUGGACGGAAUGGAUGUCUGUUUGCCAUCUCUUUCAACCAUGGACAUGUCUAUGCAGUAUGGAAAGGUACUUUUCAGGUAUUGGAAUGCUAUUUUGUGUGAUCAUCAUGCACAUUGCUUACUGUGUAAAACUGUAUAAUUCUCAUGGCCCUGCUCUGUCUCCCUCAGGUAGCAUCAUGCUGGUCAGGUGUGAGCUCCAUCAAUGUGGAUUACUUUGUGGGCUGUGGAACAGAUCAGAUGCUGCUGGUCUUUGGAAGCCAGAGCCCUCCUGUGGGUCCAGUUGAUCAAUACCUCAUCACAGAUCUCUGCGGGACAACCUAUUCUGUGAGACGCUGUACUAUUUUGUUCUUCUUUACCAGUCUUAUAACACCCCACUUAUAAUCCAGUUCUGAUGUGUGAAGAUUGUUGUAUGUUUCAGCAUGGACAGGAGAGCAGUGAAGGACGGAACACAUCUGAUACAGCUCAGGAGAACUACCUCUUAACUAUUGAAGCUCUACAGGCCAGACUACCGGUAUAUUGUUACAUUAAAGAGAACAACAUCACAGCUGUUAUUCUAUAGUUGUGUAUUUGGGUACUAAUGAGAACAACGUGUAAAUGAUUAAACAGUUGUCAUGUUUGGAGUCUAUUGUCCAGAUGCAACGAUAUUCCAGUUUAUCAAACAUGUUGUUGUUGAUAUUUCCCCCUCUGUUGUGUAUCUAUAGAUUGGCUUGACCUCGCACCAGGAUCUUCAGAGAUGUGAAGGAGAGGGUUCUACGCCAGUCAGUCCAAGCCCUCACAGAUGUGGUCUCAGGAAGAGAACACGUUCUUACCCAGACAGAGCAGGUGAUUGUCAAUGGCCUAGUCACGCUUAUCUUUCUUACAUUAUCAUGAUCUUUCAUACCAUUCAAUAUAUGCCAUUUAGAUGUAAGUAACUGUUAUCAUAUUGGUGUUGAUGGUAGUCUCUGAUCCUCUCUAACAGGAAGGACUUGUGUCUCUAUGGGAUGAGGACGACAAGUCAGAGGACGAGGCCACGGAUUAGAAGAUGCAGGUUAUACAAUCAAUCAAUCAAAUGUAUUUAUAAAGCCCUUUUUACAUCAGCAUAUGUCGCAAAGUGCUUAUACAGAAACCCAGCCAAAACCCCAAACAGCAAGCAAUGCAGAUGUAGAUGCACGGUGGCUAGGAAAAACUCCCUAGAAAGGCAGGAACAUAGGAAGAAACCUAGAGAGGAACCAGGAUCUGAGGGGUGGCCAGUCCACUUCUGGCUGUGCCGGGUGGAGAUUAUAAGAGUACAUGGCCAUUAAGGCCUGAUCGUGCUUUAAGAUAUUCAAACCAGUGUUGCCACCACCUCUAGUGGACAAGCUUUGCCACCGCGUCAUUGAAGACCGCUUGAUUGUGGAUGUGAAACUAACCACAGAGAGAACCAUGUAAAAAUACUUAUCUCUAUUAUAUCAUGGAUAUUUUCACUUUCAGGUGAGCUUGUUUGUGAGCCCUAUGAACAUUGCAUCCCAAAUGUCUUAUUUUCCUCAGUUACGCGUCAUUGAACAUCACGUGUUAAUAUUGAAUUGUGACGCUUCAAAUCUUCAUUAUAUCUUGUUAAUGUUAUGGAGCUGAGGGCAUGUCUAUGGUAAUGAUAGCGGCAGUGUUAAUAUAAUGAUUGUAUGUGUUAAUGGGGUUCAGUCAACCAUGGUUCCUGCCUGGUGAGUGCCACUUACCAGCUGUUAGAUCCCACAGCUGGUGUCUGACCAGAUUUCUUUAUCUACCAACGAAAGCAAUUCCCCAAAUCAAAAGCCAGAAAAAAUUACCAGAAUAUUAAUCUUAAAAACCACUCACUUAAAUCACACCUGAAGGAGAAUGUUUCCCCUCUGGACAUUUGUCUCAAUAUCACAACUUUGAUCAUUGCAUUGAUGAGGAUAUAUAGCAAACAAACCUAACAUCAAACGCUGUUUAUCCCUGUGAAGUGCACUCAAAGCAAGACGUCAAUAAUGUCUCACCUUCCACAGCAUAGAAGAGCUACUGUUAAGCGGCAGUCUCUCUCAGGCGAUAACUCCAGACUUUCUGAGAAAUUACUCCACAGCAGCCACAUGCCUGUCUGGUCACCAUGGCAACACACUCUCCAAUAGCUCUCGGAGCUGAUUCUGUGGAAGCGCAGACCAAUCAAGAGUCCAAGUUGCUCCACCUGGUUUAACUUGGGCACAUGUCUUGAGAGUAUCAUCUUUAUGAUGGAAUUGCUUGGGGGCCCUCAGUGCUGCUGCAGGUUAACAGCACACUGGUACAGCUCAAGUAGCACAUAGGCUCUCCAGACUCAUCUGUUUGUUCUUUAAUUUACUCAUUUAUCCCUUAAGUUGACUGAGAACACAUUCUCAUUUACAGCAACGACCUGGGGAAUAGUUACAGGGGAUGAAUGAGCCAAUUGAAAGCUGGGGAUGAUUAGGUGGCCAUGAUGGUAUGAGGGCCAGAUUGGGAAUUUAGCCAGGACACCGGGGUUAGCACCCCUACUCUUACGAUAAGUGCCAUGGGAUCUUUAGUGACCACAGUGUCAGGACACCCGUUUAACAUCCCAUCCGAAAGACGGCACCCUACACAGGGCAAUGUCCCCAAUCACUACCCUGGGUGUCACGAUCGUCAGGGAGAGAAGUAGACCAAUGCGCAGCGUGAUGAACGAACAUGUUACUUUAUUUAAUAAAGCACGAAACAAAACAACAAACGACUCGUGACGUCCUUGGUAACAAUGACCAACACGGAACAAAAACCCACAAACACAAAGUGAAAAACAGACAGUUAAAUAUGGCUCCCAAUCAGAGACAACCAGCCAACAGCUGACACUCGUUGCCUCUGAUUGGGAGUCACUAAGGCAAACAUAGAAAACAACAAACCAGAACCCCCAACAUAGAAACACACCACAUAGAACAAACACACCCUGGCUCAACAACUAGAGUCCCAUAGCCAGGGUGUGACAGUACCCCCCCCCUAAAGGCGCGGACUGCGACCGCGCCUCAAAAAGAGCAAAACAGGGGAGGGCUGGGUGGGCAUACCUCCUCGGCGGCGGUUCUGGCUCCGGGCUUGACCCCCACUCCUUCUCUAACCCCCCAAAGUACCCCUGGUCCGGUCUGGCCCUGCUGACCAGAGCUGAACUGAACACUGGUGGAGCGGAUUGCUCUAGCUCCGGCGUGACGCAGCACCUGACCGGUGCCGGACCCGCCACCGGUGGAACAGGCACGGGCCGUGCCGGACUGACGACGCACACCACUGGCUUGGUGUGGGGAGCAGGAGCGGGCCGAGCCGGGCUGACGAAGCGCACCACUGACUUGGUGCGGGGAGCAGGAACGGGCCGUGCCGGGCUGACGACGCGCACCACUGACUUGGUGCGGAGAGCAGGAAUGGGCCGGACUGGGCUGGCGACGCGCACCACAGACUUGGUGCGGAGAGCAGGAACGGGCCGGACAGGGCUGACGAAACGCACCACAGACUUGGUGCGGGGAGCAGGAAUGGGCCGGACUGGGCUGGCGACGCGCACCACAGACUUGGUGCGGGGAGCAGGAAUGGGCCGGGCCGAGCUGGCGAUGCGCACCGUAGACUUGGUGCGAGUGGCAGGAACAGGCCGGACCGUACUGGGAACACACACCACUGGCCCAACGUGGGGAUCAGGAACAGGCCGGACCGGACUGGCAACACACGCCAGUACCUCUCGCCGUGCCUCUACAACCUCCUUCCCCCUGGUGACCAGUGACUCCCGUAACCUGGCGUCCUCCUGCUGCCCCGUCGUCCACGGCGUUAGCCCCCCCCUAAAAAAUUUCUGGGCGUCUCCCCUACCCGUGGACCAGGUCUCCAUGUCCCUCGCCAGCCUUUCGCCCUUCUGCCACAAGGUCAAGCCCUUCUCUUCCUCACUCGGCUUGACCCAGUCGAGGAGGCGAAGGAGAUCUGUUAGGGAUCUCCCUGGCGAUGGCUCCUGGACACGCUGCUUGGUCACAUCUUGGUGGGUUUUUCUGUCACGAUCGUCAGGGAGAGAAGUAGACCAAUGCGCAGCGUGAUGAACGAACAUGUUACUUUAUUUAAUAAAGCACGAAACAAAACAACAAACGACUCGUGACGUCCUUGGUAACAAUGACCAACACGGAACAAAAACCCACAAACACAAAGUGAAAAACAGACAGUUAAAUAUGGCUCCCAAUCAGAGACAACCAGCCAACAGCUGACACUUGUUGCCUCUGAUUGGGAGUCACUAAGGCAAACAUAGAAAACAACAAACCAGAACCCCCAACAUAGAAACACACCACAUAGAACAAACACACCCUGGCUCAACAACUAGAGUCCCAUAGCCAGGGUGUGACACUGGGGCAUUGGGAUAUAUAUAUUUUUAGACCAAAGGAAAGAGUGCCUCCUACUGGCCCUCCCACUCCACUUCCAGCAGCAUCUGGUCUCCCAUCCAGGGACUGAACAGGACCAACCCUGCUUAGUUUCAGAGGCAAGCCAGCAGUCGGAUGCAGGGUGGUAUGCUGCUGGCACUCACUAGCUCACUCACUUCAUGAAUGCUAAAUGUAAUUGAUUCCCUGUGCAGCAGCCUACCGUGUCCAAGUGAUUGUUCCUGACGUGUUAUAUAUUUUUGUUCCAGCUCAGCGGAGAGUGUGACUUUAUCCAUCCUGACAUAGGCAGGCCAGUGCCAGGCGCCCACGGUCAUCCAGACCCACAGCCAAGCGUCCUGGUUCCCCACACCCAGCCCCCCCCCACACCAAGACCCCAUCUCCCUGCUCUCACCCAGAGCCUGCGGCCAAGAGGAGCAGGCGAGACGGUGCCAGUGGAGCCUGUGACACAGACAGACACAGACUGGCAGUGACCGCUGUGACUGACCUGACCCCUCUGCUGACCUCUGGCAGUGUCAAAUGCGCUGUCAUGCUCCAUUACGUCCACCGACAGGGAUCUUCUGGCUCCCCGACCGCCCCACUUGAAGUCACCCAGUACGAAGAUCGUCUCUGCUCCUUGGCGAGGGGGAGACUGAGAAGGAGAGGAGGAAGAGUAGCGGAAUGAGAAACAUCGAGCCCCCUGAUCCAGGCUCUGCAUAGGGACUCAAGAGGUGCAGGGAGGAGUGGCAGAGGAACAGCGAGAGGUGCAGGGAGGAGUGGCAGAGGAACAGGGAGAGGAGCAGGGAGGAGUGGCAGAGGAACAGGGAGAGGAGCAGGGAGGAGUGGCAGAGGUACAGGGAGAGGAACAGGGAGGAGUGGCAGAGGAAUAGGGAGGAGUGGCAGAGGAACAGGGAGGAGUGGCAGAGGAACAGGGAGAGGAGCAGGGAGGAGUGGCAGAGGAACAGGGAGGAGUGGCAGAGGAACAGGGAGAGGUGCAGGGAGGAGUGGCAGAGGAACAGGGAGAGGUGCAAGGAGGAGUGGCAGAGGAACAGGGAGAGGAGCAGGGAGGAGUGGCAGAGGAACUGGGAGAGGUACAGGGAGGAGUGGCAGAGAAACAGGGAGAGGUGCAGGGAGGAGUGGCAGAGGAACAGGGAGAGGUGCAGGGAGGAGUGGCAGAGGAACAGGGAGAGGUGCAGGGAGGAGUGGCAGAGGAACAGGGAGAGGUGCAGGGAGGAGUGGCAGAUGAACAGGGAGAGGUGCAGGGAGGAGUGGCAGAGGAACAGGGAGAGGAGGAGGAGGAGGAGGAGGUUGAGCCCCCUGGUGGGUGUGGAACGCUAUCGCAGGCUGACCCAGAGCCUGGCCCAG